AUGGAGUUUGUGGAUACCAGAAAACUACAGUUACAGCAACAACUGCAACAACAGCCGCAACCGCAGGAGCAACAUUUUCAUGUGUUGGCAGUGGACGACAGUGUCAUAGAUAGGAAGCUUUUGGAGAGGCUCCUAAGAGGUUCUUCAUGCAAAGUUACCUGCGUGGACUCUGGAGACAAGGCUCUGAAAUAUCUUGGGUUGGUUGAUGACCUCCAUGAUACUACUUCUUCAACCUCUUUAGACUCAUCAUCUUCUCCUCCACCUCAACCAUUGCAGGAAGAGGGAAUGAAAGUGAAUUUGAUCAUGACAGACUAUUGCAUGCCUGGGAUGAGUGGCUAUGAUUUACUAAAACGAGUCAAGGGAUCUUCUUGGAAAGAUGUUCCAGUCGUGAUCAUGUCAUCAGAAAAUGUACCUUCCAGAAUCAGCAUGUGCUUAGAAGGAGGUGCAGAAGAGUUUCUGUUGAAGCCUCUUCAAUUAUCAGAUUUGGAUAAGCUUCAAUCAUACUUUGUGAAAUCUCUUGAAAACUCUUGUGAAAAAGAAUCUGUUAACAGUUCCAUAGAUUCGGAGAAUGACAAUGUGAUCAUCAACAUCAGUAACCAUAAUCAUAACAGUAACAGUGUUAGCAAAAGGAAGGCCAUAUCUGCUGAGUCUCAUCAAGAGAGAUCAAGAACCAAAAUGAAAGAGUUGGCUGUGGUGUAA